AUGGACCACACUGUCGCCCAAGAGGCAUCUCCAAUUGUGUCGGUACCAUCACCCUUCAAGAAAUUCAUGCCGUCUGAACAUGAACCUCCUCGAAGAGGGAAGAGCCAUGUUGGUCCCGACAGCGCUCGGGUGGAAUUUGAGAAAAUGAAGAAGCUGACGAAGCCUGUGAGGGUGUCAGUGAAGGACGUGACUAAUAUCGGCGAGGAUCGCGGCACUUCCACGAGGCCUUCCCGGAAGAUGAUGUUUCGGCCCCACGAAUCGCCUGUAACACAGCUGGGCUUGUCGCCUAGAGGGAGUCGUCUACGUGGUGAGGAAGCUCUCAGUAUCGCUGGUCGGGCGAGAGCGUCACAAAUCAUCAACCCGAGUGACUCAAGAAUCGUCCUCAGCCUUCGAACGCCAGUGGGAGGGCCCGAGGCUUGGGCCAAUGCUCAGAAGAUACGAACAUCUCGAGUCUUCGACAAUGAUACGGACGAGGCUGAGUUGAUUGCCAAGGUUGGUAAGCGGACUUCUGCCAACUACACCAACGGCGUUCUGGGGAGCAGUCGAGCUAUGGCUAGCGCUCUCGGUGGCAUACGAGACAGAGAUAGCAUCUCAGUGCAGCGAAUGCCCUCCCCUGAACGAAAGACAGGCAAGCGUAUCGUCCGAGCGCCUCUUGGCCUUGGACAGGUCAGAGUGGUUCAACCGAUCGUGCCGUUGCGGCGUAGGGAGUUCCCGAACCGCAGUUGGAGCUCUAGUAAUCCACGCGUUAUCGGGGGUGCUCCCAAACGAGAAUCCUGGACUUGGUCCAUGAAGCCUCCUUCUCCUCCUAGACCUAUAUCGAGUAAUUAA